AUGUACAGAGUUAUCUUUAGGAAACUCCAUCAACCAGCUCAAACACUUCGGAAUACAUACCAUCAUCAGAAAGCAGAGGCUGGGGCAAGGUUGGAUGUUCCGCUAUCCAUAGAAGUGCCUACGGGACCUCAAGAGAAUCCUAUUGAUGGUGGACAGAGUAAAGCCAAAUCAAGCUCAAGUGCAACGCCUGAAAGUGUGACCAAUGUCAAUUCGGACAGGACCAUUCCGUCCGAUUCCAAAAAUGAACACCAUGAAACAAAAGUUACCAGAUCGAAACACACUUCCAUAUCUGUCAAAGCUGCUGGAGCUGGAAAAGUGCGAAUCUCUUCAUCUGUUGUUGAAAGCGCAUCAUCAUCAUCUAAAGCAAGAUUAUCUCCAGGGUUAUUAAAUGUUCGAAGAUCGUCGCGUAGUCACACAAUGACAAAGAAGAUGCUUGAUUCGGAGCUUGUUACAAAAGGCAAUGGUCUAUCAACUCCUACCAUUUCCAAACCUGUCGAUCCAAACUCGGCCUUGGGUAUAUUACAGAGAGUGUCGAGGUUCACACGCCCCAUAAGAUCUCCUUCUCCACAACCUUUGCCAGCCGUUCAUCCUCCUCUCCUCGAACAGCCGAAGGAUGUAACACCUACAGUUGAGCAGCCUGCUGAGUGUAGUAAGGAGGAGCUACCGGUUGAAGAAGAGAAAGUUUCCUCUUCUGCAACGAUAGUAGAGACUAGUAAUGUUGUGACUGGUACAGAUACGAAGUUAGGUGUUUCUGAAAAGAAUCCUGAAAUAGCCGUUGUUGGCGCAACUAAUUUGGAUGCUGCACCUGAAUCACACAUAGUUGAGACCAAAGAAAAGAGUGUACCUCUAUUACUGCCGAGCCCCAAGGUACUUUUCAUAAGCUAUUUUUAAAC